GGCGGAGCAGCAAAGGUGUGCGCAGGUGCCCGGCUAUAAGAGGCGGCGCGGCGGCGGCGCGGCGGCCCCAUGGCGGCGCCGGGCAUGGCCGAGCCGCGCUCCAAGCGGCCGCGGGUGACGCUGCCCGCCUGCCCCGCGCACCGCCCGCUGCCCGCCAGCCGCGUCCGCCACGGCUUCCCGCCCGCCGUGGAGGAGGCGCUCUGCGGCCUCACCGGCGCGCAGCUGGAGCUGCACUACUGCCUGCAGGCGCUGGGUGAAUAUUUUGAUCAGUCUCAUGUGGCUCUACCAAAUAUUUCAAAGUUCUUCCUGCAUCAAGCUCUGGAAGAGAGAAAAGCAGCAGAGGAGUUGAUAAAAUAUCAGCAAGAAAGAGGAGGCCAUUACUGCUCUAAAACCAUCCAGAAACCAAACUGUGACUAUGCAGUCGGUCUGAUGAAAGCCCUGGAGCUAGCCAUGGUGCAAUGGAAAACUAUGCUACGGUAUUUUGAAGAGCUUUAUGCCCUGAGUGUUGAAAAUGCAGACCCUCAUAGCGCAAGCACUAUCAAGAAACGAUUUAUUGGGCCCAAAAUCCAGAAGAUCAAGCUGAUGGGAGAUCUGCUGACCAAUGCUCGCAGGCUUGACUGUUCCCAGGAUGGCAGAAAUAGUCUUGGGGAUUACUUUAUGGACCGGCUGCAGAAAGAGUUCAGGACCAGCAUAGAGCCAGAGUCUAGUGAUCACUGCAGCCCCUGCCCGCCUCUCCAGCAGUGCACAGGAGCUGCAGAAGGUCUGAAGCGACCCCAGAGAGAGUGCUCCCAGCACAGAAAUGGCAUAGGGCCAAUAUAUGCAACCAUACACUGCACCACGAUGCUGCCACAGUGUAACGAUGGCACGGGAGCAAAGGUGAAGCAGGGCAGGGAGGGCCUUUAACGCUGAGGCUGCUGCAGCUCCUCAGCAGACCUGUCCCGAGGGUGGGGCUGGGACCACAACUCAGGAGACACGAUGCUCUAUCACUCCUCCUGCUUCACACCCUGUCCCCUCAUCCUCUGCUGAGUCACAGCUCAAAAUCUAGCCUUACUACUAUUUGCUUUAAAUGACAGCAAGGUUGCCAGCUAGAUUUAUCUAUGCAAUUCUUCUAGAAGCCAAAAGUUCUUAAGCUUCCUCUUUCUCUUAAAUCAUUAAUAGGAUUAGUUAGUGCAAAUUAUUUUAAGAAUAUAUGUAAUUUCUAUUAAAACUACUUAAAAAAAAAAAAACACUGCACCUUUAGUGCAAAGAAACUUUUAUAUGGCAGAAAAUCCAUAUAUAGUUUUAUAUUACUGAAUAUUUUAUAUUGCUAUUCGGUAUUUUAAAUUACUAACUAAUAAUUACUACUAAUAAUGAACUUUUUAAAAAUACUUGUUUGAAAACAAAGUUUUUUAGUCUUAUUUUCAUCAUAAUAGCAAUUUAAAUAAGUAGUCUAAUGCAUUUACUGAUCAGCUACUUCUAGUGGUAUACUCCUUCAGGAUGAAGGAUGCAAACAUUUCCUCAACAGUGGGAAUAAGAAAAUGUGCUGAUUUCUCUAUAGUUAUUGCCUAGUUGGCUUUUUUCAUCCUCAGAAAGCAGAUGAGAGAGAAAUCAGGAGUUAUCAUUAGAUGAGAACUUUAGAGGUCCUAGGGCAUAUUUUGCAAGUGUCACUGAAGAGAGUAGCUCUAGGACUUUGUCCAGACUUAAUAUAGGAUGAUUGCUUUAAUUAUGAUACAGACUCCAUCUCAGCUAGCUCACUAAAGGUAUUACUGUGGCACUCCUGCUAUUUCUUAUAUUCCCUAUUUGAUCCCAAGUAGGGGCAUGAGAUCCUAGUGAAAAAACAGCACACUAAACUAGAAUUGUAUCAGAGAGAAUGGCUACUUGUUAGUUUUGCCUUUCAAUUAGGGCAGUGUUAGCCAGCUUGGUUCAAGUGCAGAGGUGUCCAAAUUGCUCUCAUUAGUCUCCUACUCUCUGAGAAUGAGAGUGCCUCAUUCUGUACCCUGGCUCCCAAGGUCAGCUAAGAAGAGCAACUGGCUAGAUCAGCUGCCUGCAGUUAGGGAUUUUUUGUCAUUAUAUACAUCUUUUAUGCAGUUGGGGUUUGAUUCAUUGGAAGAUUGCCUCACACUUUCAUGUAAUACUUCAGCUGAUAAUGCCUGUUUUGCUUGAAAAUAAAUUCAGUUCCAUGUCUGCA